AUGCUAGCUAAGAACGCAUGGCGUAUACUGACUUCCCCAUCGAGCCUCCUUGCUCGGCUUCUUUUAGGGAAAUACUGUCAUAGUACUAGCUUCCUCUCUGCUACCUGUCCGAAAUCAGCUUCACAUGGAUGGCGAGGCGUAAUUGCGGGAUGUCAACUUCUCAAGCUACAAUUGGGCAAAGCCAUUGGUAAUGGUAAUACAACUAAGGUGUGGACCGACUCUUGGUUAUCUACUACAGAACGUUUGACCCCUUUCGGACCUCCCACAGAAGCUACGAGAGACCUCUUUGUUGCGGAUUUGAUUCAGCGAGGAACUGGGGAAUGGAACCGCCACCUAGUGGAAUCUAUUCUCCCGGAACUAGCGCCCUUAGUCUACCUAAUCAAGCCAAGCAGGCUUGAUGCAGAGGACUCUUUCUGUUGGCUAAAGACAAAGUCUGGCAUCUACAGUGUCAAGUCCGGCUACUACGCCCGACGUGAUGAAACUACACAAGACCUCCCGCUACAACCGCUCCUACAAGACUUCAACUGGAGAAAGUUUGUAUGGCGAGAAGAGACUUCUCCUAAACUCAAACUCUUCUUAUGGAAGCUCUGUCGCGGCGCCCUCCCCCUUGGAGUUAACUUGCAACACAGAGGAAUUGAAACAAAUGGAAACUGCCCCCAUUGUUUAGAACCAGAAACAGAACUUCAUCUCUUCUUCCUGUGCCCGUUUGCAAAACAGGUCUGGGAGGCAGCUCCAUUUACGACGCCACCGGACUUCGCCACCAUCACGACACUCCAUGAUGCGUUUCUGAUCAUGUCGACCCUUCUAUGCGUACCUCCGACCGGAAUCAGCAGCAGUCUCACGUCGUGGUUACUAUGGAGCAUAUGGACAUCCCGCAAUACACUGGUGUUUGAUUGCAGGUCCCAAUCAGCGAAGGCAGUGAUGGAGAAGACGGUACCGGCAGCCAGAGAAUGGAUCCUUGCCCAAUCUGAGUUCAAGCCAACGAGACACCAAUCUAUCCUGCUACCUGAAGCAACGCUCCCUCCUCCUAAUACUUUCGUAUGCAACACGGAUGGGGCAUGGAUGGCGUCACAACGAGCAGGUCUAGGAUGGGUGAUCGCGAACCAGGAGCAAAGCUACAUAUCGGAGGGUUCUCAGGCAGUCUUUCAUGUUUCAUCACCCCUCAUGGCGGAAGCGCUGGCUAUGAGGGAAGCUCUCCAAGAAGCUAAGCGCAACUCUAUUCACAACGUCUGGUGUAAAACCGACUCUCAGGAGCUCGCAAGAGCUAUCAACUCGAAGUCAUAUUCGGUGGAGCUUUUCGGAGUUCUCAUGGAUAUCGAGUUUCUAUCCACUGCAUUUGCUUUCUUUUCUGUUUCUUUUGUUAGCCGAGAGAACAAUUCAGCAGCUGACUCUCUGGCCAAGUUUGCUCUCCAUAACUCUAUUGCUACCUUGUUUUGA